AUGCCGCCGCCGACACCGCAGCUGCGCCAACGACUGCCCCUCGCCCUCUUCCUCCUCGUCUCGCUCGCCCUCCUCGCGUCCACGCUCUUCGCCUCGAGCGCCGAGUACUCGCAGUACGCCGCACUCGACCACGACGACCACCACGAGUCGACUGGCCUGCGCGUGCAGCCCAUUGGCAGCUUCGCCGAGGACAUCUCGCCCUCGCCCCUGUCGCACGACGACUCGGCGGGGAAGCGCCUUCGAGUCGGCCUCGCCGGCGCAGGCGGCUCCAAGGGCAAGCAGGUCGUUGGCCUCGCAGCAGCCUCGGCCGCCGACGACCUGUCGUUCACCGUCCAGCGCCGCGACGACUCGGCGCCUCACCCGGCGUGGGCUUACGUCCGCAACAAGCUCGACUCGGCAGCAUCUUCGCUCGGCGACCUCAUCCUCGGCGUGUUCGGCUUCGACGAGGACGACUGGUUCGGCAUGGGCGAGUUCGAGGGCGACCCGAGCGAGACGGGCAUCGACGGCGGUGGACUCGCGAGCUGGAGCGAGAGCAGCGUCUACGUCGAGCGCACCAACUCGUUGCACCCGUCGCGCCCGUCGUCAUUCGGCCCUCACCUCCUCACCGAGCCUCUCCGCGGCCUCCUCUUUCCUGUCGAAUCGGUCCUCCCGACCGACGAGUUCGGCUGCAAGGCGCACCCGGUCAUCCCGGCGCCCGUCCACGAGCCGUCGACGCCCUGGGUCGCGCUCGUUCAGCGUGGCCACUGCCCGUUCUCGCAAAAGGUCCGCUUUGCGCAGCAGAACGGCGCCAUGGCGGUCGUGUUUGGCGACGAGAGCGAGGAGCAGGGCGGGAUUAGCGGCGGACACGGCCUGUUGACGCCCUGGAGCCCUGAAGAUUCGUCCGACAUCACGAUCCCGUCGACGUUCGUCUCGCGUGCCUCGUACCUGUCGCUGUUGCGCACGUGGCAGGACGAGCAGGACCUCGUCAAGCGUGUCGACGCGCCCGUCGUCGAGCGCUCCCGUCAUCGCGACGAGCCAGAGCUCGUCGGCCUCGAGGUUGUCCUGAGUAAAGACGAGGUGUUUGCCUGGCCUCUCCUCGACCUCCUCUUCAUGCUCCUCUUCCUCCCCUCCCUCCUCACCCUCGUCACCGUCUUUAUCCAGCGCAUUCGCGUCGCGAGAGCGAGCAAGGCCGAGCGUGCGCCCAAGGACGCCGUCGCCCGCUUGCCCGUCUUUCGGUGGGGCGAGGCCGAGAAGCCCGACACGCCCGCGACGGCCGGCGGCGCGCCGCCGGCGACGACGUUGCGCAACCUCGAUCAGGACGAGGAGCGCGAGGUCGGCAUCGCGUACGUGCCCGUCUCGUCGGCCGACGAGGACCCGACCGAGGAGACGGCGCUCCUCGCCCACGAUGCGGACGAGCGCGCCCAUGCGCCCUCGCUCUUCCAGCGCCUCGCCUCGCGCCUCCCGACCUCCUUCACCCGUCACCUCCCGUCGCGCCUGCGCCCUGCCCCGCCGCCGAUGCCCCACCGCGCUCGUGCGCGCGCCACUCGCCGGUACCCGUCCCUCACGGAAUGCCCCUUCUGCCUGUCCGACUUCGAGGCCGGCGACCUCGUCAUGGAGCUCCCGUGCUCGCACGUUUUCCACGCCGAGGAGAUCGAGACGUGGCUCCAGGGCCAGAAGGGGAUCUGCCCGAUCUGCCGCAUGAGCGUCCUCGCGCCGCCGCAGGAGGACGCCGUCGUCGGCAGCGCCGUCGCCGCGGCUGCGGCUGCGGCCGAGCACGAGGGGCAGGUCCCUGUCGACGCCGUCGCGCUGCCGGUCAGCGCCACUGCCGUCCUCGUCGAGCCGUCGCGCGCGCCGGCGGGCACGACCGACUCGACGACCGGCGCGUCGCCCGUCGCGAGCUCGAGCUCCGUCCCGCUCGAGGGUGGGCUCGCGCGCUCGUCUGCCGCCACUGGCUCGACAGCCGACUGAGCGCGACGGCGGCGCUCGUGCGCUCCCUUCCUCGCGUCCCCCCUCGUCGUCGUUCCGCCUUUCUCUUUCUGUCGUUGUAGCCAGCUCCCCUCCCCUCGUCCUUCCUUCCCGCCUCCUUUGUCAGUACCCCCUUCUGUGCCUAGUCAAGGUGCCUCGCUGUAACGACUCGCGCUCUCUCUUC